CCAAGCUACAUCGAGCGAUCGAGCUUCAAAAUGCACUAGCGAGGCGCUCCCGACCCCAGUGAGCGGUGUUCCUUUGCUUGCCCACAUCUCGGCUGCCCGGCUGUCCUACCCCGAAUGCAAGAAAUUCGUGCUCUUUGACGACCGCUUCCAACCUUAGGCCAAAAUGAGAAUCACAGCGCGCCUACUUAAGGACAUCGGGAAGAUGUUGGACAAAUACUCCCGCUUCCACCCGUCGCCGCUGUCCAUCAAGCAGUUCAUCGAUUUCGGUGAAAAUGCCUGCGAAAAGACAUCAUUCCUCUUCCUGCGCAAAGAACUGCCAGUGCGGUUGGCCAACAUAAUGAAGGAGAUUCACCUACUGCCAGAGAAUUUGCUGAGUAUGCCUUCUGUGGAACUUGUGAGAAGCUGGUAUGAACGGAGCUUUCAGGAAAUACUGGAAUUUGAAAAUGCUGGGAGCGACGAUCAAAAAGCCAUGACAAAGUUUUGUGAGGCACUGAUCAAGAUUAGGAAUCGCCACUCGAACGUCGUUCAGACCAUGGCCCAAGGAGUGAUUGAGCUGAAGGAGUCACACGAACCAGACCCAAAGACAGAGCACAGCAUACAGUACUUCCUGGAUCGCUUCUACAUGAACAGGAUCUCUAUCAGAAUGCUCAUAAACCAACACACUUCCUUGUUUGGAAACGAGAACAACACUCACCCUCGUCACAUUGGUUCCAUCGACCGUAACUGCAAUGUUGCGAGUAUAGUUGAAGAUGCUUAUGAAAAUGCAAAGUUCCUAUGCGACCAGUAUUAUCUCACAUCUCCUGGCCUCAUAGUUGAACAAUGUGAUGUGAUAGCUCCAAAUGCUGCCAUCUGUAUAGACUACGUACCAUCACAUUUGUAUCACAUGCUGUUCGAGCUCUUCAAGAACUCCAUGAGAGCAGUGGUUGAGUACCACGGGACCGAAACAGAAUCCAAUGACUUGCCUCCGCUGACCGUGCUCAUUGCUCGCGGACGAGAAGACCUCACCAUUAAGCUGUGUGACAAAGGCGGAGGCAUCCCACGGUCAUGCACAGAGCUGCUGUUUCAGUACAUGUACUCCACCGCUCCACAGCCCUCAGCUUCGGGACUCAACUCUGCACCUCUGGCUGGCUACGGCUAUGGCUUGCCCCUGUCUCGGCUAUAUGCCCGCUACUUUCGUGGGGACCUGAUCCUAACAUCCUGCGAAGGGUACGGAACUGAUGCCCUCAUAUACCUCAAGGCACUGAGCAAUGAGGCUAAUGAAAUGCUGCCCGUGUUCAACAAGACAUCAAGCAAGCAUUACAGCUCGGCAGUGGGUGCCAGCGACUGGAUUGCACCACCUCCACCAGCACCGGCCGCACCCUCGCCCCAGGGCCUUCGUCACAUUUCCAACUUGCCCUUCAAUGUCGCCAAACAGUCGGUACUUGCACGCAAGUUCUCCCAGCAGCACAAAAACAAAAACUUGUGAACAAGCAGAGAGCUGUCAUGGGUUGUUCUACAAAUUAGUCUGCGACUGUAAAUACAUUUUUUUAGGACUGUACUCUUUCAUUACUUUGUGUGAAAAAAAAACAGUGUGACCACAGUGUAUCCUCCGCAUGUCUUUUUUUUUUCUUCUUUAUAUCAAUGUCGUGCAUUUUGGUUAUACAGGGUGAAAAUGCUAAGUGUUCAUCCUUAUGUAACAUGGAAACUCAAGGUCUGUUUGUAGAUGUGUUAAAGUACAAUGCGCUUGUCAUGCAAAGGUCAAUGACGAAGUACUAUGUGCUGGUUGUCACGUGUGAUAAGUUUUUAUCAUUGCUUGCAAUGAAGAAUUGAAUGUGAAUGUCUUGCAUAUAUUCACAAGGCCUCUCAUGUACAUAAACUUUAUAGGACGGCUGGAGAUUUGCUCCUGCUUUAACGAAUGGAAUGCCUCUGUGAUUAUGAGUAUGAAAUGAUUAAUACCUUGUGAAACUUUUCUUCUGUUCAUUUCCAUACUGCUUAUUUUAUGGGUAUUCAAAUUGAAAAUGGAUACAGAUACCCAAGUCAUAUAAUGGGAAACAUUGGCCUAUGGAACCAAGUCACAAGAAACAAAAUGUGAAAAAACUUAUGCGCGAUUUUUACAAAAUAUGUCUGAUGGGGUAUAUCGCUGAUGUGCAUGCAGGACACGGAGAUGUUGAAGACACAGCGAAAUACCAUGAGCUGCGCAGUACAUACAAAUGCACCAAUCAGUUCUUUUGACCAAUGAGUAAAGAUUGACAUACCUUUAACUGGUUUGACAGCGGUUAAUUCUAUUUGCCCUUUCAUUAAACCAUGUUGCAGUAAUUACAGAAAAAGGUUACAUUUUUCUGGUAAGCACUUUGUUACCCACACAGACUGAAUGAAUGAGAGAGAGUAAGCUAAACAAUUUAGAAAGAUUAUGAAUUUUCUAUACACUUAGGUUCCGGGCAGAGAGCUUACAGUAAAGCCCCAUAAAUUGUGUGAACUAUAGAGCCAGUAGGCAGGGUGCAUUUCCACCUGCAUUCUACUAUAUUCAACACUGUUUGCUGUUGUAUACACUGCGUGGCAUGGCUUGUUUUGCAACAAGUGCAGCAGCAACACUGCAGAACAGACAAGAAAAAAUGGUGCAAAAAAUUUGUAAAAAAAAAAUGAAUACCUCUUGGAACUCAAUAUAGUACAUCAUUUGAAUUGUACCAGGCAAUGCUGUGCAAGCCACAAAGUACAAUAUUAAUGUUCUAUCAUAUUACAUGAUGCAUGCCCAUAUCUUUUUCAUGUGUAACACACUAUUCUGUGGUUGCAAACGUGAACUGCGAGAGCAGUCUCUCUAGCUUUCAUAGCAGUGCCUGCUGUUUCAAAUUGAGUGCAGACUGGAUUAUUUUAAAGACUAAAUUUGAGAACUUCUGCUCAUCAGUAUUGCACUGUUCCUGUUAGCCAUGCACCUUGAGCUACGCAGAACACUCGCAUUGUGGUUUUCUAGUUUGUUACUGCAGUCCAAGGCCACUUCAAACAAUGUAAUCUCCUUUCCCGAGAAUUAAACAGACUGUUUUACAACUAUGUGUAACACCCUUAUACCCGACACUUCAUAGAUGUUUGUGUCAAUAUAAAAAAAUGCAAGACUGAAAAGCGACAAGAUGCGACGUACCUGCAAAUUUUAUCUUGCACUGUGCGGGUUGCAUUUGGACUUGCCACCCGGUGUUUGAAAAGAUUGAAAUAAAGAUGUCAUUGGUUUGUUUAGCCA